CUUGGGUAUAAAUUCCACUUUCAUAUAGUUCGCAUAUGAGGCUGUCCACUACCACAUUCCACAGCAGAGGCGAGAGUAUUCCUCCCUGUGGACACCCCCUCGCCACGACUGCUUCUACUUUUUCGAGGAACAUGGAGACCAGCACUUUCCUGCUUUUUAGCAUUGAUUCUAUCCAUCUACAGCAGAUUUCGUCUGUUCCUCGCUGUUUGAGUGAUGUAACCAUUCUUCGAAAUGAGUGUUGUCCAAUGUGUGGGAGUGGGAAUUGUUCUGCCAUUUUCAGUUUUCGUGACCCUGUGAACUCUGGAUACUCCUUGAGACUCGAGUUCAGACAGGAUUUCUGAUUCUGGACAGUUCUUUAAUUCAGGAAUGUAUGCGACACCUUUGGAGAAGUUCAAUGAACGAUGCAAGAUGGCAAUAAAGAAUACGUUCUCUGUCCUAACUGCGGUCUCAGAUUCUACCAGCUGAAACACCUCAGAUAUCACAAGAAGGUGGAGUGCGAGUCGAGGGGACAGCUGCGCCAUCCCUGCGACUGUGGCCGAAGGUUUUCACAAGAGAAGCACCUCCGCUACCACAGGAAAGAGUGCGGAAGGGAGUACAUGUGCAAAAUGUGCCUGAGGGUGUACACGACAAAGAGCAGCCUCAAGUUCCACGCGCAUUUUGCACACGGGUGCAACUGUGGUCGUAAGUUCAGCUAUUUAAAAGACCUGAGGUACCAUCAAAGGUCAGAAUGUGGAAAAAGAUUCGCCUGUGGGAUUUGCAGAAAGAUAAUGUUUUCCAAAUCUGGCUACAGGCGGCACAAGGUAACGCACAGUAUGACACCCGAAAUGAAAGGACGUAUAAAUGAUCUUUUUAGAAACCCUAUAAUUGCCAGUGUGGAAGAAAAUUCAGCUAUAUCGCUAACCUGAACCACCACAAGAAGACUGAAUGCGGCAGGAUCUUCAAGUGUGAACAGUGCGGAAAAGUUGUAAAGACGAAAUACGGUUUUAGAAAACACUCGUUCUUACACUGUCUGCAAAAUAAAAAUUUCUCUUGAAAUGUUAACCAUUUUUGUUAAUAAUAAACGCUGGUGGAAGAAUUAUGUUGUAAAGAAUGACUGUGAGUUUAUUGAAAUUAAAGAAAAAUUUUCUUUUUUUUAAA